CAGAGCUUCUGGAAUCAUGCUGUCUUUGUCCUCACGUUUGCUAACAUGGAGCGUGUUGACAGAAAGGAUGACAGAGAUGAGCCAUCAGCUGAUCCACCCAUACAUUUUAAGGUUGCGUGGGAGUCAUUGAUGAAGAGGAGAUUUGAAGGCAGGGUACAAAUAUGGAAGGAAGAGUUGCACAAAUUCCUCAUUGAUGAAGUUAAAGUGGAUCCAUCAAUUGCUAAUGGUGUUCCCGUCAUACCAACUGGAGAUCAUGUGGCAACAUUUAACAACCCAAACCCACUCCAUCUUCCAGAUCGGGACAACUGGUUUCAAAAGUUAUGGGAGACUUGCAGCUUUCGAGUAAGGGAGUAUGGUCUUUUUCUCAAAAUUAACUGCUGCCGUAUGACUGCUGUGGAUGAAGGAGAUGACGAUGGUGAUGCGGACCAACAAGAAAUAAGUGCUUGCCAAGGUGAUGACCUACCGGGAAAGGAAACAGAAAAUCCAACAAGAGAAGCAGGAAAAGCUGUUAGUGUAACGCCACCAGCAAGUUAUGACAUAAAGCAAGAGGUGCCAGCAGUACCAGUCCUACCACCUACUGGAUCAAAACAUGAGGAGCUGGUAGCCAUGACACCUAUAGAAAUGGAGAAGAAACAAGAUUCAAAAUGUGAGCCUCAGUUACAGGAAAUACCGGGAUCCCCAAGUGUCAAAGAGCGUAGAAAAAUAUUUGAAAUUCCACAGGAGAAGCAACCAUCUCCCAGAGCAACAAAACCAAGAUCUACCAGUUUAAGUACUGAUAAGCUGUUUUCAAUGGAAUUGGAAAGGUCAUUAUCUGUUGGUGCGUCGCCAGUACACAAACCAAAAGUGAUCCCUAAGUCUCCAAGUAGCCGUCCUCAACCUCCACCAAAGCCACAUCAUCUCAAAUCACUUCAGAGUAACACUCAUUCUAAGGAAAGAUUACGAGUGGAAAACAAACGAUGGUCAGAUUCGCCUGCAAUAAUGUCAACAUAUGAACUACAAAGUGGGCCAAAUGAACACUACUGCCAAGAGGAUACUCCAACUAGCCUCCCGUGCCAAGAAUCAACAAAAGAAAACAUCCAAUGUAAAGAUUUUUCAAAAAAAUAUCAAGAAGAAAUUAUUUCAAGUGAAAGUGUAACACCAAAUAAAGAAGAUGAAACCGACACACAAAUAGAUGUUUUCUUAUGUGAAGCCCCAAAUGAAAAUACACCAUGUGAAGAAGAUACACCAGAUGAAAAUAUCAUUCCAAGCAAAAAUGAGACAGGAAAAGAAAAAUUAGGCAUUGAAGAUACCAAUAAUGCUGAAAAUAAAAUAUUAGUGGUAGUUGAAGCUGCUGAUGGGUUAUUGAACCAACCGAUUCACAUCAGUUCUGAUUUUGUUGCUGAAAUGAGCGUUAAAGCAGUUGAGAAAAAGUUUGGUCGUAAAGUUGCUGAAGCUUUUAGAGAUGCUCUAAAACAUGUGAAGAAACCUGGUCAUUGGUUCAUCAAACUGAUUAAGAAAAAAAAAAUAACAAAUCAAUAAAAUCAAACUGAAAUUAUCAUAUGCUCUUUCAAUUAUUUUGGUUAAGCAUUUAGAAAUAGUUUUGUAGUUAGUUUUGUGAUUGCUUUAAAAUGAGUUGCUACUAUAAUACAAAA